AACUCACUCUGGUUGUAGCACAUUUACAAAAAGGUGAAGUGCCAGGCGCGUCGAGAUGAGUGACACUUCAGAAGAUGACAAUGAGAUCUCCUUUCGGGUAAAGUUUCUUGGGCGAGUUGAGGUAGUUCGCCCUGAUGGACUACAGGUCCUGGAUGAAGCAGCUCAGUGUCUCAAGACGCCAGAUAAAUACUCCCCAGAAAAAGCGGCCAAGAAGAGCAAAGUCCAUCUCUUCGUGUCCCUGAGUGGGAUAGACAUUUUGGAAAACAAAUCCAAGUUUUUGUUGUACACAUGCCCUCUCUCCACGGUUUCCUUCUGUGCCGUCCUGCCGUCCUCACCCAAAGUCUUCGGCUUCGUGGCCAGACACCCUGCAGCAGACAUGUACCACUGUUAUUUGUUCCAGAGCAAGACGUUUUCUCAUGUGCUGGUCUCAGUUAUUGGGGAUGCCUUCCGAGCAUCGAAAAAGGGGGAGAACGUCAGGGGAGGACGAGACCUGAUAGUGGAGGCCCUCAGACAUAAGAGUAAAAUGCUCCAGAGAGAGAAUUCUGAGCUGAAGAGGAAGCUCGCAGGACAGACCAACUAAAAAUAACAGUGUACGAUGUUGCAUUUGUACGCCCAGAAAAUACUUGAUGUAUAAGUAACUGUCUUGAAUGCAGCACUUCCCCUCGAUACUGCAUUUAAGCAAAUGGUGGAACACAGAAAAGGAAAGAGGAGUUAACUAGAGGGAAGAUGUAAAUUAG